AGGCUACAAAACAAAGCUGUCAAACUUGCCCCUAGCUAAGCAUACAAAACAGAGAGCGUGGGGGUAAAACAAACAAACAAACAAACAAACUCAUUUGAAACUCUCUUAACUUGUAGUUCUACUUUAGUAAUUAAAUGUUGACUUUAGGAAUAAAUGUUUGGAAUCGCGAUGGGUUUCGUUUAAUAAACUAAAUGAACUUUUUUAGCUUGGCUAGCUCUAACUGAAGUCGCUAGGCGGUUACUAGGCCAGUGUUUUUGAACGUCGCGCUGCGUGCUGUGUUGGCUCGCCAGCCGCUAGCUAACGGUGAAGCAGCGCGUCUGUCCCCUGGGUCAUUCACCCACGCAAAGUGCAUUUACGGGCAUCAAGCUCGCAAUAGGACGUCGACUUGAUUGCCCUGUGUAGGAUAAGCAACAUAUCUUCCUCUCCCUGUGUCCCCGCCUGUUCUUUUGCUCGUUUUGGCUUGCCUGGGGAGAUGGCGGCCAAUAAACCCAAGGGGCAGAACUCUUUGACCCUUCACAAAGUAAUUAUGGUGGGCAAUGGUGGAGUGGGCAAGUCUGCACUCACACUGCAGUUUAUGUACGAUGAGUUUGUGGAAGACUAUGAGCCCACUAAAGCUGACAGCUACAGAAAAAAAGUGGUUCUGGAUGGAGAGGAGGUCCAGAUUGACAUACUGGACACAGCUGGUCAAGAAGAUUACGCGGCCAUCAGAGACAACUAUUUUCGCAGUGGAGAGGGCUUUCUCUGUGUGUUUUCCAUCACAGAAUCGGAGUCUUUUGCUGCUACUGCUGACUUCAGAGAGCAGAUCCUCCGGGUCAAGGAGGAUGAGAGUGUGCCCUUCCUGCUGGUUGGAAACAAGUCCGAUCUGGAGGACCGACGACAGGUGGGAGUGGAGGAAGCCAAAGCCAGAGCGGACCAAUGGGAAGUCAGCUAUGUGGAGACCUCUGCAAAAACUCGUGCCAACGUAGACAAGGUGUUUUUUGACCUUAUGCGAGAAAUCAGAGCCAGGAAAAUGGAGGACAACAAAGAGAAGAAUGGGAAAAACAAGAGGAAGAGUUUAACCAAGAGGGUCCGGGAGAGAUGCUGCAUUUUAUAAAAAUUAUGUUGGUCCAUGCAGAGAAGUCAACUCUUCCUCAUUCUCCUAAUGUCUCCUCUGGCCCCUAACGUACACGCUCAAGACCACCGAACAGCUUCAUAUUUUGUUUUACAUAGUUUUGAGUGUAAAUAAGGAACAAGGAAUCAGGUAUGUACACGAAGAUUGCAGAAUUGAAAUGUGUCCACAACUUGAAUGGUUUUAAACUAGAACGCUUAAGAUAAAGUAAUUUGGUUUCAUUACUUAAAUUAAUGGGGCACUUCCACAUAUGUUGCAUUUGCCUGUUGUUUCUGGUGUUUAAGGAAACAGGGCCCUAUUCUCCCAUGACUUCAUCAGCUGUAUGCCUAGUGGAAGGAUUGCUCAAAGAGAGGAGAGUCAUAGAAAUCUGACUGUCCUGCUUAAAUUAGUCUUUCAUGUCAACUUCGUCAUUUCUUCCUCCAUAUUCCCCUUGCAUGUGAUGGCUAUGUGGCACUUACUAUAUACCAUAUAUCUGCAUACCAAAGUGUGAUGUUUCACUGUGCGAUGAGCUAGUGAAUGAUUAGUAGUAUGGCAACAGGACACAUGCAUUUCAGUUGCUCAACCAGGGCUUGUGGGGUUUUUUUAAAUACCAAUCACUGUUCUGUUCUCCUUCAGUAACAUGUUUCUUUUUUAUGCCAAGCUUUGAUCCUUGAUAAGGCUACAGGUGAAUGUGGACUUAGUACUUAGUGGACCUUUUAAAUUUGUUAGAAAAGACUAGUUACUAGAGUUUCCAUAUCUGUAAAUAAUAUGCAAAAUAAGUGCCUUGAUUUUUACUUCACAAACUUCUCGAAGCAUUAUAACCCCUCUAAAUAAUUAAAAAACAUUGUUAAACUGCUAAAGAAACAUUGCUGCUGUUUAAGAUUAGGUUUUCAGGUCUAAGGUGUAGAGCCUUAAUAAUUAUACUAUAUACUUAGGUUACUAUGCAGAUAACUACCAGAUGCAGGCUUCACAAUUGUGAAUUUCUAUGUCAGCACAAGUAAGCUGAAGGUUAUAGUUGUGAAUCAGAAGUAAAAAGUUAUUUGUUUGGGUUUUCCCCGCUAAGUAUUCAGCACAUUCGAUGAGUCAAACUACACGGUGAGGAACAGGUGAAGAAGUGCACGUCUUCGGGAGAAUAUGGCCCCAAGCUGUAGCGAGAGGGGGCGUAACACUACUGCUUUAAAUGCAGUGUGAAGUGUAGGCAUACUGUAUUUGCUUUACUUUGCACAAAAAGCUGACACUUUGCUCACAGAUCAAAGUGUCAACUGUAUAUCCGUCCUUGCCUUAAGAUGGAAACAAAUAAAAAUGUGCUAUGAAUAAUGAGCAGCCAUUAUCAAAAAAGUGUCUGAUACCAGUAUGGCAUAUUUAAAUUCCCAUUUUACUAAUGCUAAGAGUUUUUUUGUUUUUUUUUAAAUAUCAGGCAAUAACAGGCAAUAAACUACUCUACAUGUGUAGUGAAUGAUUAAGUUUAGGCCAUGUUUAAAUAUUUUUUUUGGUUAUUGUUUGCACCAUGAACUUGAUCCACCCAAUAGGUCAUUAACUUUAAUUCCAGUUCUUUUCAAUCCUUCCAUUUCAGUUUACCAUAUUCGCCAUUUCUGUGAGCUUGUCGGUUACUUGAAAUUUCCAAAAAUUUAAACGUAGAAAUAGAAACAUCUGAAGUCUACACGUAGACAAAUUGAGAAUUUGGGUUUUGUUUUUUGUUUUGGUUUUUUUAACCAUAAUAUAAAAGGCUGUUUUCCAUGCAACAUUUAAUGUUUUACACCAUAAUUCUAAAAAGAUAUAAAAUUAUAUUGAGGAGUUCAACAUUAUCAUGCUUGAUCUUAUUAAACAGAAGGACAUCAUAACCAUGGCUUAAGGUUAGUAUAAGAUGUUCACAAAUGUAGUACGGAAAAAAGGAACUCUGUGUGACAUGCAAGAACAGUCAUGUGUGAGGACUGCAUAAACUGCACCAGUCAGCGUGCAAUCUGAAGCAUUUGGUUAGAGGCUGUUGUACAUGGACACAGUAACUACUGCGGAGGGCUGGCCUUUCACCUCGAUCCCACCAAGUCUGGAAUAAUGGUGGUAGCUGAACCUUUACGUACACAUCCUUGGGAACGUUCUUCAACGCCUUGGGAAAGAACCAAUUUUGUACAUGUACCAAUUUUGUUUACACCUCAUCCACUAUUUUAUCCUGUUUGUGCUCCCCAACAAAAAUUGGAAAAAUCUCACCCAGCGUGCCAGCUUCACUAAUGAUUGAAUGAUUGGACCAGGCCUUAUAGUGUUUGGCAUGUUGGUAUGUAUGUAUGUUUGAAGCUGUUACUGCAGGUUGGACCUUUAUUAGCUAAUGUCACUCUUUCAUUCUGUGCUGUUGGGUUGAUGCUGAAUAUAAAAUAGUCCCAAAUGUAUUAUAUUUACCUAAAAUGGAAAGAUUUACAAGAGAUGUUAUGACAAUGUUAGGAGCUUAAUGAUCUGAUUCAUUUCAACCUGUAAGUUUUGGGUAUUUUGUAGACUGCUCAAGAUUCCAAUGGACCUUUGCAUUAUGCUCUGAAUGUAAGGAAUGGACACUUGGAAUUAAGCCUUUUUUCCUUCAAAAGUCAUAGGUUUUAAAUUUAUUUUACACUGCUAUAUUAAUUUGUUGUAUUUGUGACGUUCAGUCAUCAAUGUUUGAAACAUUCAAAUAUAUAAAAAGUUAUUACAAGAAA